AUGGACAACCUGUCGGGCUUCGACCCGUCCACCAUGACCUACCUGGCCUCGCAGAUGGCCCAUCCAGGCAGCAGCCUGGCCAGCAAUGGUGCAGACCCCUUCCACGAAAUGCUCCUCCCCAUCGACCUGCCCGAGCACCAGUCGGCCUACGGCUACGCAGGAAGUGACGACCUAACCCUCCAAAGCAUCCAUCCUCACGCGACCCCACACCUCCACCGCUUCUCCAGCGGCUAUGAGGAUCCCUUCUCCGACGUCGUCAGCGCCUUCGACCAACCGCUCGGCCUCGAACCCGACCCCGAAACGCCCUCCAUCGACCGCGAUAACAAGUUGCUCGGCUUCUCCCUGCCCUCGCUCGACUACGCCCUCCUCGACUACACCUACCGCCGCACAACCAUCUCCAUGUCUGCUCAGCUGCAUGGAAUGUUCUUCUUGGCAGAGUCUCCGUGGGCCGCAGCUGGCGAUGCUCAGCAGUCCCCCACCGAGCUCACCUGCUACCGGAGAAAUCUGUUCCAGGUCACCGGAGAGGUCACCCUCCCCCGAACCCUGAGAUAUAUCAUGACGGAACAAGGCGACCAGAUCCCCGUGGUCAGCCAAGAGCUCGUCAUCACCGCAACCGAGUCCACCGAGGGCAAUGCGGUGAAGAUCAUCUCCGUUCCCUGGAAGACCCCAUCCAACCCCACCGCUCCCACAUCGGAGGAAAAGGUUGAGCGAGAGCCGCCUGCAAUCCCCUUGGACCUCAUGAAUGUGCAAGAGCUGGACUCGGAUUUCGCCACGUUCCCCUUCCAGUGGAAACGUUUGCAGUUCCGCAUCGCCACGGCCAACAAUGGGCGGCGGAAAGAAUUGCAGCAGCACUUUGUCAUUCGCCUGAAGGUCAUGGCGACCCUUGCAACGGGCGGUAAAAUUCCCGUUUGUGAGAUCCAAUCGGGUGCGGUCAUCGUGCGAGGGCGGAGUCCGAGGAAUUUCCAGUCCCGCAAGGACCUCCCACUCAGCGUCCAGGCGGCGACCUUCAACGGCAUGCCACCCACCAGCAGUCCGUAUCGCGACGCCGACUUGUAUGCCAUCUCUUCCCCGGACGCCGUGCAAGCACCCCAAUCCGCGCUCCCGCCCUCCGCUCCCAUCAACCUUUCCCUGGUGGAAGACGAUGCCAGCGGAGGCGAGACACCCGUAGAGCCGCGCUCGGCCAAGAGGUUCCAGAUCCCCGCCCGAGCACCGUCAUUCUCGUUGAAUGCCCUGAACAGUCCGGACGAAAGCGCGGAUUUGCUGUACGAAUACUUUCCUCUGGGCGUCGACGAAUGGGACACGCCAGUGGAUGCUUUGUAUCGUCCGCACGUGGUCCACCAUAUGAAGAUCCCAAGUGGUCCACGAGAUCCCAAGACGCUGGGCAAGAGUACGCGGAGUAAGAGGUAUUUCAGCGAAGACAUUACCUGA